AUGCCGGCGGCUCUCGCUGCCCUUACGCUGGGCAUCCUGAUACAAUUGGGCCUGAAUCCCCUGUCAUGGGGAGUCGUGCCAGAUUUGCCUUCUCAAGCCCAGAUCAUCAACCAGACGGCAUUCAAUGUCUUGAGCGUAGUCCCACCCCCUGCAGAAGCAAACGCUUUGACGGUGUUUCUUUGGCCCGGCGCCACUCAAGAGUCCCUCACUGCCAAGCCGUUCCACAUCUACGACGACGAGUUUUACGAUAUCAUUGGGCCAAACCCGUCGUUGACUUUGAUAGCGACGUCUGACACGGAUCCCAUCUUCCACGAAGCGGUUGUAUGGUAUCCCCCAAGCGACGAAGUCUUUUUUGUACAAAACGCUGGCGCUCGGGCGGCAGGAACAGGCCUGGAAAAGUCAUCCAUCAUUCAAAAGAUCUCGCUUGCAGAGGCUGAAGCCGUACGAACGUCAUCCGAUCAGAAGAGUGAGGUGACAGUGACGGUUGUGCCGUCGAAUCCACAGGUCAUCAACCCGAAUGGGGGAACAAACUACAAAGGCCAACUAGUCUUCGCGGGUGAAGGCCAGGGUGCAAACGUGCCAUCUGCGCUUUACUUGAUGAAUCCGCAGGAGCCUUAUAACACCACAGUCUUAUUAAACAACUACUUCGGUAGACAGUUCAACUCGCUGAAUGACGUGGCUGUUCACUCCGGCAACGGAGACCUUUACUUCACUGAUACUCUCUACGGCUUCCUUCAGGAUUUCCGCCCUGCCCCUGGGUUGCGGAACCAAGUCUACCGCUUUAACUUUGACACAGGUGGCGUGACUGUGGUUGCCGACGACUUUACCCUACCAAACGGCAUCGGCUUCUCGCCUGACGGACGUCAUGCAUACGUUACGGACACAGGCAGCAGCCUUGGGUUCUACGGUCGCAAUCAUUCUUCCCCAGCCUCUGUGUACCGCUUCGACGUGAAGAAAGAUGGCACAUGGGAGAAUCGCAAGACCUUUGCCUACGUUGCCGCUGGCAUCCCCGACGGCAUACAUUGCGAUUCCAAGGGGAACGUUUAUGCCGGCUGCGCGGACGGUGUGCACGUCUGGAACCCGUCUGGAAAGAUGAUUGGAAAAAUCUAUACGGCGACCAAGGCGGCAAACUUUCAGUUUGCUGGGAAGCGCCGUAUGAUUAUCACGGGGCAGACGAAGCUGUUCUAUGUAACUCUUGGUGCUUCAGGCCCAGCGCUCACUUAG